ACUGUGGAAAGAUGAGAUAAUAUGAGCCGUAAAUUUCCAUCUUUCACAAUUCACAAUCUUUCUGUUUAUUUAGUUCACGUUUUGGAGGGACCAACUGAUUUAAAAAAGUAUUCCAUUUUUUUCCAAUAAUGAUGUCCUGUCUUCUAAAAACCAGUCCAAUACAUGUAAUGUCUAUGAUACAAACCCUGUCAUGAAAAAAAAAAAGAUAAAGAUAGAAGUAUAAACAAUAAACAAACAUAAGCAUAACCUCAACUUUUGAAUUACUUUUGUCAACAAAUAGUUUCAUUACAUUGUAUGGGCAUUAAAAUAUCUGUUUUCUAUAAAAACGGAAACCAUUUUGUUACCAAUUGAGAUGAAUCUCGUACUCAAACAUCUGCAGGCUUUACAUGAACAGGAACUUCAUUCAAAUGUUGCCAAAGUAUGUGAUUUGACUCUAUCUAUUGGUGAGCAGAAACCAGAGACAUUCAAUCUUCUAACGAAAUUACAAGUAAUAUUAUAUUAUGCCGAGGCAUUACUCAAUUUGGAGCAAUAUUUACCAGCUGAAAAUUUAUAUAGACAGUCACUGCAAAUGAGAAAGAGUAUUCUAAUGAAAGCAAAGAACACAAAUACAAAAUUCAAUGAAAAUCAGAGUGAAAUUCCAACUGAUGUAAUUAUCAAAUAUAAUAUACAUCUUUGUUGUUUAGCCCUCAAACAAAAAAAUGCUGCAGCCGAAAUUUUGCAAAUGAUUCCUGCCAGAUUACGUACACCAAAAAUUAAUAUGGCCCUCGGAAACGUUUACUUAGAUCUAGGCAUGGAUCGUUCUGCAGUGACCUGUUUCAAAGAAGUGUUGAGGGAAUGUCCUCUGGCUCUGGACGCUGUGGAGAAACUCUUGAAGUUAGGCAUAAAGGGAGUUGAAGUGAAUUCAUUAAUGGUAGAAGUCACGUCAGAAAUAUCCUGGUUGAACACGUGGCUGAAAGCCCAAGCUCAGUUGAACUCUAGAGACUUUGUGAAUGCUAUAAAAUCUUUCAAAAGCAUGGAUGCACAUGGGUUACUCAAAGACAAUACAUCUCUGCUCGUAAAUAUGGCUUAUUGCUACCAUUACAUAUGCGAGGACAAUAGAGCAAUAUCAAUUUUGCAGAAAGCAAUACGCUUGGACCCUUUUCUAACUGUUGGAAGGGAUUUACUCUCAACAUUGCUGGCUGCCUCUGGCACGAAGGAGCAUAUUCGUGCACUUGAAAAUCUAGUUCCCACAACGGAAAUGUCUCUGUGGACAUGCGAACACUGGGUUGUCCUUGGAAACUAUAAUUAUGCUCUGAAGAAAUACGAUAAGGCCGCUUAUUUUGGACAUCAAGCCUGUUUAAUGAACCCCAAAAACGUAGAGGCCUUUCUGUUGAAAGCAAAUACUCUUUUUCAAAUAAAAAAAUUCCAAGAGGCAGCCAAUCACUGCACUGAAGCAUUGCAGUUAUGUGAUUACAGAUAUGAUAUCCACAAAUGUUUAGUUGAGAGUUAUAUACAGAGUAAUAGACUGAGGGAAGCCGAAUCAAUGGCCAUGACUGCUUGUAAACAGUUGAACUUUAGUGCACAAGGAUAUUGUUUGCACGCUUCAGUUUUGCUGAAAGACACAAUUGCUUCAAGCAAAACAGUUCGAAGAACCCUAGAAAAAGCUGUGGCGCUCGACAAAAACGGUUCAACGAACGCGUUAUAUAUGUUAGUAGAAUUCCUGAUGGGAGAACAGCAAUACGAGCAGGCGUCUCAAUUGCUUCUCAAGCACAUCGAAUCCCUGAAACCUUCUUCUCGGCUUCACCAACUGCUGGGCGACUGCUUCGUUAAUUUACAGAAAGAUGACGACGCCUUUCAUCAUUACACCGUCGCUCAAAAACUCGAUCCUACGAAUCAGAGGGCCAACGAAGGCUUGAACAAUAUAGGUAGGAGUUUGUCGUUGAGCAAGAGGGAGAGCUAUUACACUUGCGUGGCGGGGGAGACGUCUUACACAUCACAAGGUACGAACUCAUCGGAUCAUGAGGCCGAUCCGGAAAGCGACACUGAUGCGUGGCCGGCAAACGCAGAUUUAGAGAGUUUCGAUUAGAUGUGUUUUUGUUAGUUGUUCAUAAUUUUUUAUAAUUGUACAUACGUUAAUAUUUAUGUCUUGUUGGCCAAACUUAUUAAUUGCAUCUCAAUAAAUUAAUUGGCUUCUAUGUUUUUUAA